UUUACACACAACGUCGCCCGGUUCCUUUUAUGCUUUAUGUAACUUUGUUUUGACUGCGUAGUCCUGUUCAUCACUUCAGAGCACAGUAACUGCAUAGAACGAGAAGGUAUUCCUGAACUUUUAUGUUAUUGUCUGUUGUACUGUAACCAAAGAAAUCAAAAUGAGUGCAAUCACAAGCGAAUACCUGAAGAAUGAGACCAUUGCAUCCCAACCGUGGCCUCAGCAAGCCCAUCUCUACCAACCCUACGAGGAGGAGCAAAUCCUUCUGGCGGAACAUGCCAGCUGUCUGGCUGUCCGCACCUACCUGACCAUGUUGAACCUUCCGUUCGUUGUGGACCAGAGGGCGAAUGCCGAGUUCAUGUCACCGGGCGGAAAACGCACCAAGCUUCCGGUUCUGCGCGUGGAGAACUACACCUACGCCGAGUUCGAACACAUCCUUAGCUUCGUCGAGCUGAAGGGCCUAUCACUGACCAAGCAGCUGACGCCGGACCAGAAAGACGAUAUGCGGGCGCACCUUUGUCUGGUGGAGCAGAUUUUCACCAACGCUGAGCAAUACAUAAGCUGGGUGGACCCGGAGGUGCUGCACAAGGUCACUCGCCAACGGAACGGAUGCGUGUAUCCGUUCCCGCUGAACCACAUCCAGAACUGGCGGAAACAGAUGGCCGUGCGUCGACAGUUGGGGGUGGCCGAUUUCCUCAACAUUACCCUCGACGAGGUGGUGGAAAAAGUGGAGAAGCUUUGCACUUCGCUCAGCAUGCAACUGGGCGACAAGAAGUACUUCUAUGGCGAUGAGCCAACUGAAUUGGAUGCUCUGGUGUUUGGACACCUGUUCAGCAUUUUCACCAUGACGCUCCCGAACAAUGUUCUGGCUGUGACGAUCAACCAGUUCAAGAAUCUGACUAAGUUCUGCAAAAAUAUCGAGGAGAAGUAUUUCAAGAAGGUGGCCGGAGGUCGCUGAUUCGAUCGAAAUGUUGUUAUUAACGAGUGUUUCUGAUAAAAAAUCUAGUUAUUUAAUCUAUUACAUUAUUCAUUUUAGCUUAUUAAA